UGGUGGUGGGGGAAUGAGAAAGAAAGAGAAGGGCAUAAAAUGCGGUAAAGGCUUCGAUCGAGGGUUUUUGGUUCGCCAUUAAUUUGGUGGAGCGUGAGCUUCGAGCUUCAGAGGAAGAGCAAGAGGAGAAGAGAUGAAGGAAUGCGAGCUCUGUGAGAAGGCGGCGAGGAUGUACUGCGAGUCGGAUCAGGCGAGUUUGUGCUGGGAGUGUGAUGCGAGGGUUCAUGGGGCGAACUUCUUGGUGGCUAGACAUACAAGGAGCUUGCUUUGCAGAGGAUGCCAGGAACCAACGCCGUGGCGUGCCUCUGGUGCUCGGCUCGGCCAGACGGUGUCCGUCUGCGAUCGGUGCACUGGGAUUAAGCAGAAUGGAAGCGAUGCUGACCGAGAUGCAGCGGUGGAGGACGGUGGAGAAGGUGAUAAUGAGGAAGAUGAAGAUGAGGAUGAUGAUGAUGAGGAGGAGGAGGAGGAAGAUGACGACGAUGGUGAAGAAGAAGAGGAGGAGGAGGAGGAGGAUGGGGAGAACCAGGUGGUGCCGGGGACGAUGACGCCACCUCCACCGCCGGUGGCGAGCUCGUCGAGCAGCGACGAGUGUUCAACCCGAAUCCGCAACGGAAUCCUCAAACGGAUGCGGGAAAGCACGGAUCUCGCUCCUCAGGACGAUCUCCACAGCUCGUCUUCGCAUCAUCAACCUCGAUCCUCACCGGACGACGAGGCCACGUCACUCCGACCAUCCAAAGACCGGAAGACGGCGGCAACGAUCACCGACGGAUCACCGGCGACCACCCGCCAUCUCCUCGAUCUCCGUAGCCGCCGGGGCUCUCCCAGCCGUCCGAUCUAGUGGCAGCAGUGAUUGAAGCUGUGGUUGUGCUUGUGAUGCAGAUGGCUUUGAGGGGGGACAUGUGUUAGCUCCAACUCAAAAUUAACAAGAGACAGACAGGAAAAAAAAAAAUAGAUUUCUAACAAUUUGUGGUUUAGUUUUGUUGUCACUUGCUGACAAAGAUUGGUUGUUUUAGUGAAUAGAAUUUGGUAUUAUUACUCUGUAUAUGUUUGGACUUUGGGCGUUCUGAGGGUUGUCUUGGAACUAAAAAGAAUACAUGUAUUUUCUUUUCAUGCCUUGCUCUCCUCUUUUCUUC